AUGGCAUGGGCAGCUAGUCCGGUGGGCCUCCUCGUCCGCGUGGAGGUGCUGGUGACGGUCAGUUGUGCCCUUCUGGCUACCCUCGUCUUCCUCGGCUCCGGUCGCCGCACCAGCCGCCGCCCUGCCUUCCGGUUAGUGGUCUGGUUGGCGCUGAUGAUGAGCUACCCGGCGGUCUCCUACACGAUCGGCCUGAUGCAGUCCGGCUCCUUCCGCAACGACCUGGUGGUGGUGUGGGCCUGCUUCCUGCUCGGCUGCGCUGACGGCAUCUCCGCGUGCAGUUUGGACGGCUCUGACCAGCAGGCCCGCACCUUCCUCAACCAGGCCGCUCAGGUCGUCUACGUCCUCCUCCUCCUGCUUUCCUACAUCAGUUCCCUGCAUCUGCAGCUGAAGAUCCUGCUGCUGCUGCUCUGGCUGCUCAACGUUGCCAAGCUCGGGAUGCGCCUGCAGAGCCUUCUGUCAGCUGGUCGGGACCGCACCCUCUUCGCCGACAACUGGCUCAUCUCCAAGUACAUGGCCCAGCGAGAGUACGUGAUGAAAAGCACCUGGGACUUCGACCCGGGCACCAUGAAGGGCUACAAGUACGUGGUCACCGGCGAGAAGAAUGUGCAGGACGGCAUGGGGGCGUACAAGCUUGAGGUCACCGAUGACCUUGUCACGGUCGAAAGAGUGUGGCAGUGCGAGGGGAGUCUGCUAAGCAAAGACGACGCUCGCUCGGGCAAGCUUAAAGAUCUUUGCCUCUCAUUCGCCCUGUUCAAACUACUACAGCGACGCCUCAACGGGAGCGCGCUCGACGAGCGCGAUGACGUCCGGACCCUUGUGUUUGUCCGGAGGGGCCUCGCCGGCGGGGAUCUAUGCAACGAUCAUGAGAGGAUGUACCGGGUGAUCGAGGUGGAGCUGGGUUUUCUCUUCGACUUCUUCUACGCAAGGUACCCCUCGCCGAAGCAGACUCUGGUACCGGAGACAGCCAUGUUCGUGGCGGCAGUGGCGCUGAGCCUGUCCACUCUCCUCUCCUCGCCGUUCCGGCGCUACCAUGAUCACCGGAACAACAUCCACUUCAUCUCAACAGUCCUUGACAUCUGGUUGGCUAGGCUGGUGAUAGUCCUGUUCCUCAUCCUGGAGCUGUUCCAGUACCUGUCCCUGGUGUUGUCGGACUGGCACAAGGUCAAGAUGACCUGCCGGUAUGUACGCAAGCAGUCGUGGCAUGGGCACCCCGGCAUGGAGAUGGUUCUAUGGUUGAUGUCCCGCGCUACUCUGACAUCAAGGUACUGGAGCAACUCGGUGGGGCAGUACUCCCUCCUCCACGCCUGCUUUCAGAACCAAAGAUCCAACCUUUUACGCAUGCCACUCCACAAAUGGAUCAAGGGUCGCAUGGUGGAAGCAAGGAGGAUCACACGGCGGAGCCUGCCUGUGUCAGUGAAGCGGGCAAUCCACGCAUUGCUCCGGUCGGAAUGGCUGUCUUAUAUAAAGUACGGCGACCGGACGCUGCAAAGGAACGACUUGCUACAGGACUUGGACUGGGCGACCUCAAGGUAUGCGUACGGUGCCAUUGGCAGCAUCCUGAUCUGGCACAUCGCAACCACAGUUUGCGACGCCCAGCUGCUGUCUAAACGGACGGCGGCUGGUGGUACCUGCAGAGCACGGGGAGUUGCUGGCGGCGGCGGCAGUUGCAGCAGUCUCGCCGACAGUCACGAGGUGGCCACCACGCUGUCCAGCUACUGUGCCUACCUGCUGUUCCAAGCGCCCGAGCUGGUGACCGACGAGAUCUUCGACGAACGCUUGCUGAUGGAAGCCCUGCAUCGUCGAAUACAGCAAUACCUCCAAGGCUGCCGCACCAUGGAUGAGAUGUUCCAGAAGCUGUCAGUGUUCAAACCUGACAGUGAGGAGAGCGCGUACGAACAAGUCAUCCUAGCCGAUGGCAUAAGGCUGAGCCACGAAAUCCAAGAAAAGAUGCCAGACGAGGGCCUGCUGUGGACUGUGCUUGCCGAGAUGUGGGUGGAGCUGCUGCUGACGGUUACACCGUCGGAUGACGUGACAGGCCACGUCAAGAGGCUUGCCACCGGCGGGGAGCUCAUCACACACCUCUGGGCUUUGUUGACGCACGGCGGGGUGAUCGACAAGCCAAAAGAACCUUACUAUGGUAAAGGUUCGUGA